AUGGCGCUUCUCGACACCAUCCGCGGCUUCUACCUGCAGGCGCUGGCCAGACUGCCGCGCCAUGAGCUACGCACUCGCUACCACCGCAGCCUGCUCAGGGGAGGCUACUGCUAUGGCCCCUUGGACCCCGUCUCCAAUAUCAUCCUCAACACCAUCUGGUUCGAUGUCAUGUUCCCAGCAGCUCAACAACCGGUGCUCGACAUGAUCGGCCCCAACAGCCUCACCCGCUUGGAGAGCCGCUCCUUUUAUGGCCUGGCCUCAUUCCUCCAAACCCGCUACCACAAUCUAUCCGAGCACGAGGUCGUGCAAUGCCUCGUGGCAUCCUGUGGUUACCUGCCUUGCGCUGAUCGAAACCUCGACAAUGCAGCCUCUGCGGGGGACGAUCACAUGUCCAUUGCCAAUCUAAACCUCAACGAUGCUGCUGGAGGAGAGGCAGAGAGGCAGCGGGAAAAAUGCAUCUUUACAUCCCCUGGUAUCAAAGAUACCAUCAGAAAGUUGGAGCAACAGAGCCCGUGCACCAGCACCCAGGAAGCAUACGAGGCUGCAGCUACCGCAGCAUGGCACUGCGACCCCGAGGCGCAAGCAGUGUUUCUCGGUUCAUGUAAGGCGAUGCUGCAGGGAUCUGCCUUGUCGCUGCUGCAGAGCGGAGACCCACUCACCUCGGAAAAUGUGCAGUACAUCGCGAACCUACUGUCUCCAACACAGAAGCCAACUCCUGAACGAAUCGAAAAGCUCUACUGUGCUGUGAUUGAUGGAAAGAUGCGUUCCGAGGCUCAGCAAACAAGAAUCUACAAAAAGGUGGAAGCUGCAUUGGGCAAACACUUGCUGCAAGAUGGGGAUCCCAUGUAUGAGCUUCAUAUUAUCUGUAGCGCCAACGACUCUGUAUGUGGCCCUGAAUACUGCAGUGACAAUGAUAAUGCUCUAUCUCCUGCCCCGUGCAAAUUCCGUUACUCCCAUGUAAACUUUUUGGCGACUCGGAAGGGCGCUCGAUCUGCUUGA